AUGGAAAGUCACCACGCGAGCGACAGCAAAGGCGGCCGCGGCCCCAACAACAGCAGCAGCAGCAGCAACAACAACAGCAGUAGCGCUCCCGCGUACAAAGACCGCGGCUCACUGGCGCACGGCGGACGUGGCCACAGCCACAGCAAUAGCUACGCGGCCACGGGCGCUUUCCGCCGCGGCGCGUCCCACGCAAUGGGCCCGCGCGAGUGGGAGCGCGACAGUCGCGGGCGGCCGCGCUCGCGCUCGAGGGACAGCACCAAAGACCGGCGGGCGGGGGCGACGGGCAGCCGCAGCUCGUUGGGGGCGGCGGGGAACGCGGCGCUGCGGCUGCGCGACCGGAAGCAGCUGCUGCUGAUGCACCGCACAGGGGCCAAGUUGAAGGACCUGUCGCCUGCUGACGUGGCCAUGCGCGUGAUUGGGAUGGACGUGAAGUACAUGGAGGACGCUGCCCACCCGUACGUGAGCGACAAGUUGGCCAUGUUCCCCAGUGUGUUCCCGACGAGUGCGAGUUUCCCGGAAGAGAAGUUUCGCGUCCACGCGCUGCGGAACGCCGCGUUCGUGAGUCCACUGCCGCGUGGGUUCAACCAGCAAUGGCACUUGCAGUACUCGGCGUUCACGGACAAGAAACUGGCGAUCUUUGACGACCUCACGCGGGCGACGCGCGCGAUUGCGCGCUUGCAGGAAGACAGUGCGCACGACAGCGCGACACGUGCGCAAGGUGCGCCAUCAGCGUCGACCGAUGAUGGAACGACAGCAGCAGCAGCGGCUGCAGUCGAGCACGCGUUCACCAACUAUCUGAUUCGCCACGUGCGGCGACUCGAUGAACGCACGUGUCAUAUCUGGAUGAGUGAACUCUCGAGCGGGGCUCGCAGUGCGGCAGAACUCACACAAGCACAUGGCGUACCUUUUAAGCAGUGGCGGGCUGUGCCGGGUGUUUCCAAGUGCCCACUGCUCGAACUUGUGGUGAAGUAUCGACCGGCGUACGCGGACGCUACGUGGUUUGUACGGAUCAAUGUCGUGUACACAGAAAUGCGAGAGCUGCAGCGGGACGGCGCUAUUCGGACAGGCGACUGGUUUUUCAGCCCCCGCCGCAACCAGCGACGUAGCCAAGGAUGGACGGACAAGCUUAUUGAUUACCUCCACGUGGUAGUGCGUCAGGCAGCAUCAGAUUCGAGCGCAGCGGCGGAAAGCAGGUCGACAGAGCUCGCCUCGAACACGGCAAAUGCUGUCCCGACGCCUUCGAAUAAAGGCAGCGCAGCGGCUGCACCGUCUCAAGCAACAAGUAAAGGGUUGAUUAAGCAAGGUACGCAGAUGGCUCCGAGGCUGCGACACGGAGAGGUGCCAGCGAUCGAAAACGCUGGAAGAGGCCCUGGAAGCCAGGCAGCAGCUAGUAGUGGUGAAUUGGAGAUUCCUCCGACAGCGCUAUCAUCGUGGUAUGAAAAAUGGUCAUACGCACUCAAGCUGUCGGAAUAUCAGUUCAAGAUGGGGAUACUAGACCGAGUGCGCUAUUUCGAUGGGCUCCUAUCGCUGCUGCAGAAAUCCUUGACACCGCGAUCGCAGCGCGGUUCAAAUGGUCCCACGCGAUGUUCGGCUGUGCUGGCACUUGGAGUGAACGGUAUCAUGGAGCUACUAUCCGUGGUGCAGAAAUUACUUCCAGAGAUACUGCUUUCUGCGGAUACAGUAUUGAUGCUCGUAAAGAUAGUGUUGCAGCAGCUGCGGUACCUGCUUCCCCCUAGUUGUCCGAUUCCGCCGGAGACAAGAGGGGGCUCACUUCAGGAAGAGCUUCUAGUAGCAUUAUGUCAGCUACUGCGAGACAUCCUGCUGAAUGGCAGUGAUGUUCUCGUUCGUCUUGAGAACAACGCACCACCAUUAUGGCCAGCUUACGUGUUCACCGACCGAUUCUUCAAUCGCGACGCUUACGGGGCUGCAGCAAUACAGGCAUGUAUCGAUCGCUGCCACAGGAAGAACAGGGAUAUUACAGGGCGCAUUCUUCGACUUCAACAGGCGUGUCCGUCCUCGAGUUCUGUGGGCGGUGGUCGGGUGCUUGCCGCUGCGAUGCGCAAUGAUGCACAAAUCUUGCAGACUCUAGACCGUUUUCAUCGCGUGGAUUCGACCUUGGACUGGCAUCGGGUCUAUAGCGAAGUGUUCUGCCCGCUUCCUCUUGUAAGCCCUAGCGGCAAAGAAUCGCCAGCUGACUUGCCAGUCGACAUCGCUGCACUCUUCCUUGUUUGCGAGUGGGCAGUGACAAGUCAGCGCCCAGCAGAGUACCGGUAUUUGUCUGCGCUCGCGUUGAUCGAGAUGCAUAGCACCGCGCUUUUGAAAUACGGCAAAGACAAAGGUUUACUGCCUCACUGCGGACCAAAGGACCACCAAGUAGUUCUUCAGAGUGCUCUGCAAGAUUUUUUGCAACGAUACGAGCCUAAGGCGGUUACGGAGAUCACUCAAGUUAUCGAACUUUUCUGUCUUCUCGUGCGGCGUCGACUAUUCAGUGUGCCAAGCUUUGUGAAAUUCGCAUCGAGCUGCAAUGAAGCAGCGGCUUGCAUGGGCAACAGCCCAUUGCUUGCGCUAGCCGCAGGAAAUACUGGCGUUACUAAGCGAACCGAGUCGGCACCGGUAGUUCACACCGCGUACAACAUCGAGUGUUCACCAGGGCGAGGGUACAAAUCCAGCGAUGUGUAUUUGCUGUCUUCAAACGAUCGAUUGAAGCUUUAUAUGUGGCAGCUUCCGCGAAGCCCGUUUCCACUGCCAACAUGUGUGCCCAUGCUACCAGAAGACAGCUACGAUGGCGAGCUGAAUUAUCUGCGAUGGCUCGAAGUGAUGAAUCUCCGUCAAGAACAUCUCAGCCACUCGAAAACACUCGAACGUGCUCAAUCACUUUGCAUUUAUGUAUUUCACACGCACGGUCAGGUGAAAGACACACCGACUGUUGGAACACCGGGGACGACAGGUACAGCUGCCGGAUCUGGAAGCGCGGAUAGUAGCCGAGCACUACGUGAAGUGGAGUAUCAGGGCAAAGUGGGUGAGCUGGUGUCAGCUGUGAAAACCAUGUGCGGUCAUGACAAAGGGCGGUUCACACGCUGGUUCCUGCACAACGUCUACGAAGAGACCACGUUUUUUCGGUUCUCCGAUUAUGGUAGCGUGGAGCACGUGAUGCGGCUUGUGUGCCUUAUACUUGAAAUUGUGGACGUGCUGGGUCUUCUCGAGGUGCUUGUACACUUCCUGCGGCGUUCUCCGUGUUACCUUGUCAAGAAUGUAGUUUUGGCAAUGAUCGAGCGCCACGAACUUGCGUUCUGUGCUACGGACCAGAUCCCAUUUUUGUUGCAGUCGUUCGUGGACCGCUUCCAUCGUAUUCCCAAGCACGCCGACGAUAAGGCCGGGAAUGUGGCUCAGUUUUUCUGCAAGAUGUAUUACGCGCACAUCAAGAAGAAAGAGAUUGCGAAGCUGGACUUGCCGUUUGCGCUGCUUAAGCCGAUUGCAGAAACAGCUCGAAAAAACCAAGACGCAACCGCAACUGGAGGCACCGUGAAUGGUUUGGGGGCUAACACGACUGGUGGCGGGACUAGCGGAAAUUCGAAGGCCAAAGAGAUGACGCUGGAGACUACGAACCCGAUCGUGCGCAUCCCACCGCCCCGCGAGGUGCUUCCUCCGGAGCUGAAGGGUGCACUUGCCCGGGCGUUUAAAGCCUUGCAAGCGCGUUCCUUUGAUGGUCCUGGUGCGGAUGGUAAGCAGACACCUGCGACUCCUGGCACUGGCGGUAGUACCCCGCUGCAGAGUCCGAGUAGCACGAAUCAAGACGCUUCAGCUUCAGCUGAGCCCGUUGCAGCCUUCACGCCCAGUCACGCGAGCAUGUCAUGGCAGGAGGUCACUGGCGAAGCAACACCGUCAUCGGAAGCUAAGUCGCGCGACAGCGCUGUCGACUUUGCGGUGGCUGCAAUCAACAUGAGCAUGACGUCGUCUGCUGUGGGGUCCACGAACGCGAAUGCGACAAGGGAGCGGCGCACACCUAACUACGUGUUCUUCUUUCGAGCUGUGCUGAGCGAGGUGAUGGACAAAUGGAUGGCUAAUAUGUUGGCAAGAGUAAAGUCAAAUUGCAAGAGACCCAUCACGACUCCGCACUAUGUGCACCGCUGCGUGCGUCUUAUUCGAGAGGUGGUAGAACAACAUCCCGACAACGGCGAGGAAUUCAGAGAGAAGUUCGCCAACACUCUCGUCGUCUGGUUGCAGAAAGAAGUGCUGCCUGGUUUUGCUGGCAGUGACACGCCCAAGCGUUCGCGCAAUCCAUUUUUGAACGCUGACAACAGCAAGGAGGCUUUUGCGCUCAACCAGAAAGGCCGCCUAGACCGUGUGCAGUACGGACUGAAGAGUUUCCUGGUAUCUUUGGCGGUGCAUAAAGUGUUGAAUCUGUCCCAGAUGCUUCGAUUGGUACUCGUGCCGCUCUUCCCGCGAUUACGCCGCGCAUCCCGUGACCCGCCCCCAAAUUUACCGACGCAGCUUCUAGCGAUGGCUCUUGUCUUUCAGCUUUUUUCUGAACCGCCACAAAAUCUCUUGCUGGAUGUGCAAAAGUUGGUCAUGUUUGACGAGCCUUUGACAAAGUAUCAUCUGCGUUUUCUGCGCACUCAGGUGCCAGCCUGCUUGAUGUUCCCGUUGUGCUUCUUGCUGUGCCAGAUCUCCUACCAGAUGGAGGACAACUUCCUGCUUCGCAAACGCGAGGAGCGUGGCACGUUGGCUAGCGCCACUCUUUUCAACUUGACAUCAGACGGCAUCGUUCGCGACACCAUUUUCCAUGACACGAAAGAGGCCCGUGAGAAGCACAUUCUCCCCGUGUACCACAAGAAGCAAUGGCACACGGCCGUUCUGCUGACACAUUUCUUCCGGCCGCCGUCAUCGCCAGCAGAGGACGGAAAUGGACAGGUCCAACUGCUGAAGGUGGGGCAAAUUAUCGAUCAGAUGAACGUCUGGACACUUCAUCGUGGUGGCUCUAUUUAUCUCGACCUGCAAAUGAGCCGACAGCAGCAGAAGGUAAAGCGCUCGAAGCGACGCUCACGACUUCAGCGCCAACAAGUGCCCACGCAUCCAGCAGGUUGCAAUAAGCGAAAAGCUCUUCAAGCUGAUCCAUCUACGCGCUUGACCAAGCGAGUAGCGGCAGAUGGCAGUGAGAGUGUCGUGGCAGCUGGAGUGAAUGGAUAUGCUGACGGUAGAACGUGUCUCGGUAGUCGAGCAGAUACGGAGACCUCGUUCGGUGGCAGUCUGUUGGGCACCUUUAUUCCCGAUGGAGAAGAGGAAGCAGCUGACGGCGAUCUUGAGCUUGAACUAGGCUAUGACGAGGCAAGCAGUGCUACCGAAAUUUUGUCGAGCCUGAUUGUGCUGCGUACCCUGAAGCGCAGCUCACGACCGCCUAUCGGGGCAGGGUUGACUGCGUUGUCAUCGUCCACUGCGACGUCCUCAUUCGUACCGGUGUCGCAGUCAACACCAGCAGCCAUGACCAAUUUCUCGUCAUCGUCACCACUUGCUACUCCCAAACUUUGUAAUACGCCGCACCAAGUUCAUCUCGAUGAAGGCAACGACGGCAAACAACGCGGGGGUACUUCAGGUCUUGAUGAUGACAGUGAGACAAAGACACCGGUGCAAGCGUUGCCUAUGUCUGUCGCAGCAAUGUACAAUUCGUUGACCCCGUGCGAAGUUCGUAUGCUUGAAGCAGCUCGAGAGGCGCAAAACUCGGCAGUGGCGUCUUUGUAUGCCGCUACAGUUUGCAGCAUCUCGAGACGCGCUAUGGGGUCAGUCAUUGCCAAAGCUUUGCAAGUGCUCGAAGACGAUGUGAAGCACUCGCAACCUGACAAGUUUACCCGCCGACUGAACACGACGUCGGUUGUGCAUCUCGUUAGUGGCAUUAUGUGCACGUCUCCUGGGAACGCAUUUCUGCCACGCUACAUGAUGUCACUCGCCACCCAGCUCGAGUGGUUGUACGAGGGCUGUAUGCUUCAUGACAAGCAGCAACGAUCUGCAUUGGUUGAACCUGAUCCACGCAACAACUCGUUACUGCGUCGACUUCGCUGCAAGCUGGCGGUGCGACUGCAGCUGGUAGGCGUGAUCGGACCCAGCAAGCAUGCUGUGAUGACUAUUUGUUAUCGCGACCGCAUCGUCAAAACUCUGUUUGCUUUGCUGGGUACCUCCGCAGUCUCGACUGGACCAGGCCUUUCACUCUUUAGCUGGAUUCUGGACCUCAUUCCAGUCGUUAACGCCUCGGUGCUUCACAGCCGACAAUAUGAACUAGUCGAAGCAUUACAGCUCCCCAGUGACCUCAAGCGACGUGUUUGGUGUGUGCUGCCACGUCCUGUGAACACGUUCGGAGCUGCAAAUGUGUUUGUAAAUUGCUCAGUGCAGACAUGUGCUGCUCAGGGCAAUGCUGAGUCAACGAGGGAGGAACCGACACACGCACCCGUCGAUCCGUGGGGUUUGCUCGAACACCUGCCGCACCUACCUAGCGACGCCGUUGUUCCAGAUUUGCCCACUCCGAUCCCGAAACGGCCACGUAGAGUCUUCCGUUGCGUGUGA